GAGGGAUUCACCCACCAAACACAGCGCAGACAUGCGGGCACGCGUGCGUCUCCUCAUUUCUCUUUUAAUAUAAAGAAUCCGUCCAGUGUGUGGGAAUGAUCUCGGCGAUUAAUGUGUAAUAUCCUCUAUACAUGACGCCUCUGUAAGCUCAUAUAUUUACAGAAAUCACCAGCCGUUUACGUUGUAGCACAGGAGGCAGUCUCUUUGUUCAGCUUGUUCUGCAAUAGAAUAAAAUAAAAUGGAUUGCACAGACAAGGACAACAGAUCGGACGAAAAUUUUGAAUCACCCGAGGAGGAGGAGGAGGUAGAUCCGAGAAUUCAGGGAGAGCUUGAGAAGUUGAAUCAGUCAACAGAUGACAUCAAUAGAUGUGAAACUGAGCUUGAGGAUGCCAGGCAGAAGUUUCGUUCAUUGCUGGUGGAAGCCACUCUAAAGCUGGAUGAGCUGGUGAAGAAGAUUGGGAAAGCCGUGGAGGAAUCAAAACCUUACUGGGAGGCUAGGCGUAUUGCACGACAGGCUCAGCUGGAAGCACAGAGAUCCACGCAGGACUUCCAGAGGGCCACAGAGGUUCUGCAGGCGGCCAAAGAGACCAUCGCCUUGGCUGAAGAGAGGCUGCUGGAAGACGACAAACGGCAGUUUGACUCAGCCUGGCAGGAGAUGCUUAACCAUGCUACACAGCGAGUGAUGGAGGCUGAGCAGAUGAAAACACGCAGUGAGCUACUGCAUAAGGACACAGCAGCCAAGUACAAUGCAGCCAUGGGCCAUAUGAAACAGCUAGAGAAAAAGCUCAAACGCACCAUCAACAAGUCUAAGCCCUACUUUGAAAUGAAGGCAAAGUAUUACUUCCAGCUUGAGCAACUGAAGAAGAACGUGGAUGACCUUCAGACCAAGCUUACACAGGCUAAAGGGGAAUACAAAUCAGCGCUGAGGAACCUGGAGAUGAUCUCCGAUGAGAUCCACGAGCGCAGACGUUCCUUAGGCAUAGGCCAGCGGGAGAGAGGCGUGGGUUCAGAGGGUGAUAGCAUCGUUGGUGAAGACCUCACUGGAUUCAAGAUGGAUUGUGAUGAGAUGGCGUCAGGCUCAUAUGAGGAUGAAAACUGCAGCACCAGUGCCAUGUCUGAGGAAGACUCUGAGACUCAGUCUACCAGUAGCUUCAGUUCUGGGAAAAACAGUCCUCUGGACUUUGCCUGCCCCUUCUCCUCCUCAUCUUCCUCUUCCUCUCCAUCCUCCUGUUCCCCCACCCCCUCCUCUCGUCCCUGCAGUCUGGAUCUGCCCAGCACCGUCUCAUUGUCUGACUUCAGCCUGAUGUCUCCCAUCCUGGGCCCGCGUAGUGAAUGCAGCGGGGCCUCCUCCCCAGAGUGCGAUCUGGAGAGAGGUGACCGAGCCGAAGGAGCAGAGUCUGAACUAGACGUUUUCAAAAACAACAGCAUCAGCAGCACCAAAACAACCUUUAGCCUGGAUGGGCGUUUCCGUCUGCUAUCUCUAAAACUCAGCCGGACGGAAAGCAGAAAAAACGCUGACCGAGACCCUCUCAGUCUGGCUCAGCACCCCUCCCCAAGCACACUGGUGCUCGACAGGGUGUGACAGAAGUAGCUGCUACAUGACAUUGAUGCAUUCAUCCACAUGCCAUGUGCGUUAGCGACAGGCCUUGGCAACCACCCAUACUCUCCUUCACCAGCGUCAUCUCAGUCCAUUCUUCUCACUGUCUAGAAUGUUCUGCCAACUUUUGGAUUGAUCUGUCACCUGAUCUGAUGGGUGUUUGAAAAGCACGAUGUGCUGCAGAGACAUAAAUCACAACGUAUCGUGAGUUUCAAGACCAUCAUAACAUCCCCACACAUUCCCGAUGUGAUAUAGAGUGUGAAGAGACAAUAUGUUGGAGGUGUGAAAGGAGUUUGGGGGUCACAAAAGUUUUAAGCACUUGUCGAGCAAGAGGCACUUGACUUUUUUUGUGAGAGCUUUACGAAACGCAUAAAAACAACAGAUCAGAUAUACUAUAGAUUUAUGCCACUCGUUGUCUUCAGUGUCUGUUGUAACAGUGUCAUAGACCAGUAAAUAUACUGUACGGAGACAUUUGUGUGGUGGUAUAAUGUUACAACCGUUUGAGUUACUGUAUAGCUAGGACACCUGUGCAUGCUCUCGCUUUAGCUUGGAGCUCAACAGACUCGCCGGCAUGCCCAUUACAGACAAAAAGAAGUAUCCACCUUCAAAAAGGAUUCAAAAUCUUUUAAGGCACUUUAAACUUCAGCCUUUUUUGCUGCAACAGUGAGUUAUGGGGAAGUGAAGCCAACCACAUGCAUUAUAUGUUACAUCCUCAACUGUGACAGCUGCAGAUUUAGCGAGGGGCUGCCCCAUUCAUACCUGCUGUUUUCAGCUUUUUCUUUUUUUGUCCCUCUGCAAGCCAAAUGCGUGAGCUUUCCUACACGGCUGGACAGUGUGCAUGCCGCCCCAUUUUUAUCUCUAUGUAAAGACCAUCUUCAAUUGUUUUUAACAUAUGCAUUGAGAAAGAGCAAUAGAUGCAGAUUCACACCGUCUGUGCACUUUAAAUCAAAUGAAACAUGGAGAAUGGUUCGGAAAGGAGCAUAAUAAGCUCCUUGGAUUCAGUUUUAUGGGGAACCACAGAUUUGGCUGGUCUAAGUGGUGGACUGGUGCACUGAUGAGAAGGACACUUAUUGAAAGUUCCAUCAAGCUUCUAUGUACAGUAGUUGCUGCUGGAUUUAGAGAUGAACGGCACAGCCUUAGGUCUAGUCAGUAGAUAGACUGUAUGGUGUUUGUGUAUGACCUUGUGUCUUAUCUUUUUUUUCUUGCCUUCUCAAAUGUUCUUCGCCUCCUUUUUCUGAUUGUUCUGUCUUUGGUCUGUUGCUAUUUUGAGAGUCGAGGAUAAGAAAAGAAACAAUAUACCAGUAUUUUAAGUGAUUUAUGGCAUGUAGUCUUUUGUUGUUUACAGAGCUUGUGUAAUUGUUUUCAGACUUAAAUAAAAUGAUAUCUACUGCAUUAUUAA